AUGACCACUGCGCCCGGGCCCCUGGAGCAGCUUAUCCGGCAGCGCAUCGAAGCAGCCUAUGCGCCGACGGUGCUGGAGAUCGAAAACGAGUCGCACAAGCACCGGCACCACGCGCCCAUGCAGGGCGUAACCAGCACCGAAACGCAUUUCAAAAUCAAAGUCGUCUCCUCGCAGUUCGCGGGCCAGCGCCUGCUACAGCGCCAGCGCAGCAUCUACAGUCUGUUCAAGCACGAGAUGGCCAUGGACGGCGGCAUCCAUGCAAUGGCCCUGGUAACCCGCACGCCCGAAGAAGAACAGAAAUAA